AUGGCAUUUGCGGAGAGGUGGCAUCUAGAGACCCUGUUCUUUCAUCUUCGACACGGUGAGAUAACCAUCACUCUGGACGACGUUGCAUGCCUCCUCCAUCUACCUAUCAAGGGUAUCCUCCUUAGUCACAGUAGGUUGACGAAGGAGGAAGCGAUGGAGAUGCUGAUUGAGGAGCUGGGGGAUGAUCCUACUGUUGCGCUUCAGGAGGUGAAGAGGACCCACGAGGCACACGCGAGGUAUCACACCUUGCAGCAGAUAUAUGAUGUGGAGCUUCUUGCGGCACAUCAGGCUGUUGGUGAAGAAGUAGAGGCGGAUAUACAUAGAGAGUGGGUGUUCAGAUGUUACUUACUAUAUUCGAUAGGCACUAAGCUCUUUGUGGACACGAGUUUGACGUACACAGACGUCGUUUACCUAACAUACUUGUCGGAUAUCGCACGUGUCCAUGAGUACAACUGGGGAGCGGCUACACUGGCGUACACCUACCAUAGACUCGGAGAGGGAUGCAUGUGGAAGGCAGGGAAUGUGGCUGCAAGUUGUAUCCUAUUAGUGGGCCGCCUUCACCCGGUAUUGGAUCCUUACAAGCGUUGUCUUGACUGCAUGGCUUCUGAGGACGUCCACUACGACUACUACGCUGAUCACUGUGAGACGGUUCCAUUUCAUAAGAUCGUACUAUAUUCUGAAUGGUUGGCUUCUGGUUCGAUCAUCAUUGUUCACUAUCUUCCGGAGCGCGUCAUGCGUCAGUUCGGCUACCAGCAGACGGUACCUCACCAUCCUUCUGACUUCGCUCCUAUCGCCAUGACCCGUCGGCAGCUAGUUGAGGUCUUUACAGAUAGGGAGCACCACAUGGCAGCCAUUGUCGAUGGUUUAUUUCCUGAGGGGUCUGCUGGCCUGCGUCUAUUGGAGGAUAUCAUUAGGGUGGCAGAGGAGGCAUAUUUGUACCGUAGAAGUCGUGCCAAGACAGGUGGGGCACUCGACGGUAGAGGCUGA